AUGUUAGAUUACGCGUUUAUUUUAUUUGCCACUAUUCCCAUACUGUACCGGAUUCCAAAAGUACAGUACUAUGUCAAAUUUUCUGUUUUCUUCUUAUUGAUCUUUAUUGGGUCAUUUAUUUGUUCUAUCCGAUUGGCUUUCAAAGGCCGAAGAUAUGAAAAUGCUUGGAUGUUUGUAAGAUAUCUAGCAUUUUCUGGAAGGAUGAUUGGUUUAAAUCCUGUUGUCGAGGACGGCCAUCUUCUGUCUGGGGAACCAUGUAUUUACGUCUUGAAUCAUCAAAGUUGCAUAGAUGUCACAGGUGUGGGCGACAUAUGGCCGAAACGCUGCUCGGUAGUUUCCAAAGCUUCACUUAAAUUCAUGGGAUUUUUGGGAAUAGUUAUGUGGCUGAGCAAGACUAUUUCCAUUGAUCGAUCCCAUCAUACUGAUGCUAUUUCUGCCAUGGAGAAAGCUGCCAUAGAAGCCAAACAGGAUAAGGUCUCGGUUUUCAUUUUUCCUGAGGGCACAAGAUCCGAUGCCGGUUAUCUUUUGCCUUUUAAAAAGGGAGCAUUUCACAUGGCCAUCGAGUGUCAAUUUCCGAUCCAACCUAUUGUUAUUGAACCGUAUGCAAAGUUCCUUGACCACAAAAAGAAACUUUUUAAAAGUGCCACUUACAAAGUGAAGGUCCUACCGAAAAUUGACACUAAGGGGAUGAAUAAAUCACAAGUUGAUCAACUUCUCAAUGAAACUCGUGAAAGAAUGGUUGCUGCAUUUGAAAUGAUGAAAGGAACAAUUUCAAACUGA